GGGCGGGUACAGGGACUCUCCUCUCCUGUCUUGCGGUAACAUUGUUGUGGAACGACGUCACAGCUCGAAAAUGAAGGCGCAGAGGCAGCCAUUACUGGAGGAUCUGUAAUUAUUUUAUUCCGAAUAAAUACUCGAGGAAAACUUCCAUGGCAAGAGCUACAAGUCAGCUGUAUGAUGUUGUGCCCAUUCAACCCAGCGUUGUCAUCUGUUCCUGCCCACAUCCAUCAAUGGUAAGAAAUCACCCCGACUCCUGCUCGCCACUUGCUAUCCCAGGCGCAAGUAGCAGCCACUGUCCCAGCAUGGAGGGCUCAGCGUCAGAGGCCCGUGCCACGGGAAAGCCUGCCAGCCAGGGCUCAGAGCUCCGGACACAGACGGCCAUCCAGGCCCCGCAGCCACGCAAGAAGAGGCCAGAGGACUUCAAAUUUGGAAAGAUACUAGGAGAGGGCUCCUUCUCGACCGUUGUCCUGGCAAGAGAACAGUUAACAGGGAAAGAAUAUGCAAUCAAGAUUUUGGAGAAGCGGCAUAUUAUGAAGGAGAACAAAGCCCAGUACGUGAAGAGAGAAAGGGAUUUGAUGUCAAAUCUAGAUCACCCAUUCUUUGUCAAACUCUACUUUACAUUUCAAGAUGAUGAGAAGUUGUAUUUUGGUCUCAGCUACGCUAAGAACGGAGAGCUUCUGAAAUACAUUCGCAAAAUCGGUUCAUUUGAUGAGACCUGUACUAGAUUCUACUCAGCUGAAAUAGUUUGUGCUCUAGAAUAUUUGCAUGCUAAGGGGAUAAUACACAGAGAUCUAAAACCAGAGAAUAUUCUUCUGAGUGAAGACAUGCACAUUCAGAUAACAGAUUUUGGGACAGCAAAGCAGUUGUCAUCAGAUAGUAAGCAAGCGAGAGCAAACUCCUUUGUCGGAACAGCACAGUAUGUGUCUCCAGAGCUGCUGACAGAGAAAUCAGCCUGCAAGAGUUCUGACCUCUGGGCCUUGGGAUGUAUAAUCUAUCAGCUGGUGGCUGGUUUACCACCGUUCAGAGCUGGAAAUGAGUACCUAAUAUUCCAGAAGAUAAUAAAGCUGGAGUAUGAGUUUCCAGAGAAAUUCUUCCCCAAAGCCAAGGAUCUUGUUGAACAGCUUUUGUCACUGGACCCCUCCAAGCGCAUUGGUUGUGAGGAGAUGGGAGGGUAUGAUCCUCUGAGGCAACACCCAUUCUUCGAGACCAUCUCCUGGAGUGACCUCCACCUACAGACGCCCCCCAAGCUCACCCCCUACUUACCAGCCAUGUCUGAGGAUGAUGAAGACUGCUAUGGAAACUACGAUGACCUCCUGAGCCAGUUCAGCAGCAUGCAGGUGGCCCAGUCCAGUUCAUCACACUCCUUGUCAGCACCUGAGUCCAUCCCACCCCAGAGGUCCAGCAGCAACAUUGAGCAGUACAUCCAUGAUCUGGACAUAAACUCCUUUGAGCUGGAUCUGCAGUUCUCGGAAGAGGAGAAGCAACUGCUGCUGGAUAAGCAGACCACUGGAAACCCCUGGCACCAGUUUGUUGAAAAUAACCUGAUCCUGAAAAUGGGCCCAGUGGAUAAACGGAAGGGUCUGUUUGCUCGGCGGAGACAGCUGCUUCUCACUGAGGGACCACACCUGUACUAUGUGGACCCUGUAAAUAAGGUCCUAAAGGGGGAGAUUCCCUGGUCCCUAGAGCUACGCCCUGAAGCCAAGAACUUCAAAACCUUCUUUGUUCACACGCCUAAUCGAACAUACUAUUUGAUGGACCCCAGCGGAAAUGCUGACAAAUGGUGCAAGAAGAUCCAGGAAGUGUGGAGAAAGAUCUAUCAAAGGCACCAAAAUCCUGGCCUAUAGGAAUUCAGUUCCUCCUGCUGCCACUCCCUCUUAGCUCUGAGGCCAAUCACUGAGCAGAGUAACACCCUCUUUAGUGCCCUUCAUCACCGCAAUGUAAACAAACUCUUAGAGACGCUGGCAUCUAGACCUUGUUUGUUUUCCUGAGUAGAACCGUGGGGAAAAAAUACAACUUUGGAUUCAGGGUUGCUUUGCUUGUUCUUUGUGCUCUCUGUGAGGCUUCUAUUGCAUUUUUUCCAUGUAUGGAUGAUGAGACUGCCACCAUGCACAUCUGCUUCUUGUACAUUCUGCAAGGGGGAAAGAGAAGGGCAAGCUUGUCUGUAGAAUAACACAAGCUUAGGUACCGCUAAGACUAUCUCAAGUGCAAGGACUGGUUUCCUGCUUCUAUGACACCAUAACACACAAUCCAGCUUUUGUGAACCAGAGCCUAUCCUGAUACCAGUAUCUUACUUAAACCAUAUCCUAAUCCUACAUUGUAUGUGCGAGGUGUACUCAGGCCCCACUUUUAGUGCAUAUACUCUAUAGUUGCAACAGAUACUGUUAACUGAUUCAAUCUUUUAUCCAACUCAAAACCUAGAUAUAUUUUCUCUCAAAUCCCCAGCGUUCUCAUGGUAUUUGAGUUAGCUAGUCUCUCGGUACUUGCCUAUUGCAGUCCAGUUUGGGUCUCAAUAUUACAGAGCAGAGUGCUGGUCUACAGUGACACAUGGUUCUCAAUCAGUCUCUGUUUUAGUGUGAGCGCUCCAUAGACCGUUACUGAGGAUACAUUGCUAAUAUGGGCCGGGUAAACAUGCCACUAGCUCGUACUCCCUAACCAUAACUUGCUUAUCUUUACUGCACGGCCAGUUUUGUAGCUCAGCCUUGUCCGCUUCUCUCUCUCCUAGGGCACUGGAGAAGUAGUUUAUUCAAGUUAAAAGGUGGGUAUUUUUUGACUGCAUUGGCAACCAUAGCUAAUAUUAUUGGAUGAUUUGGCUGUUCUGUACCAUUCACUGGCUAUUUCUUUGUGGUGUGAAUACAUAAAUUUCUUUUUUUGGUGGGAUUGUCGGCUCAUCUUCAGUAUGUCCUAUUGAAAACAAAAUCUAAUGUGCUGACCACCCCAUGCUGAACAGAAAACCUUCAUCAUCAGAGAUAAACAUACACAUACUAUCAUUCUUGGAAGCAAUCACAGUAAAGCUGUAGUCCCUGGACAAGUUGGCAGGACUGCCUCAUCAGGUCCUCAUUCAUUGGGAGUGCCCCUACAUUUUUAUUUUGUUUCUUUCUGACAUCUGGCCCAAUAGAAAUUAAGCGAUUGAUUUAACUUGUGCUCUUGUUUUAGAAAGAUAUAUUAUUGUACUGCUUUUAAUUUUGACAUAUUACCUUAAGGUCCUCUCCAAAGGUCCUCUUCCUCCAGCUGAGUCUGUGUGUGCAGUGUGUGACUGGAGUAGGUGAAUAGGAACCUCAGGCCCUGGUGCCCGGGGCUCAAUGUGGUUGGAUGUCAGUUAAAGGAUAUGUAUCUGAUCCAAAUAACAUGAAAUUGCUGUAUGUCUAUAAAGAUGAGGAAACACUCUAGCAAAGUGUCUGCCCCUCUCUUGUUAGAAAAUUGUUUGAAUCAAGUUGAUGGCAGUCGGUUACAUUGUGUAUGGAAUACUCUACCGGGUUUGUAACUGACUAGAACUGUGAUGUACAGACGAUGUAUUAUUGAAAUCUGAAGCAAGUAAUGCAAUGAUAUUAGGAUACAGUUUUUGUAUUUUUAUUCUUGUAUAAGGUUAUUUGAUGGCUAUUGUUUAGCCUCUAGUUCAUUCUGUGUUAUUUAAAUUCUAAUAUAUGAAUCAUAUUUGGAUUGAAGUCAUGUUCAGGGGCCAUGUUGUGUAUGUAUUGAGAUGUAAAGCCUUUGAAUGUGAAUAAUUAUUGUAAACUAUAAUAUUUUACAGCUUUUUUCUUACUAUAUCAUAUACAUUUUCUAUUUGCUCAGUGAUUUAAUCAUAUUUCUGAUAAUUUAAUGAAUCUGUUCAUUCUCUCUCUGAUUAUUUGUGCGCUAGGUCAGUAGAUGUUGAAUGAUGAAUUUUCCACUUAAUGCUUGGUAGUCCAGUAAUUAAAGCAUGUAGGGAUUUAGGCAUACAAAUAAA